CCGCCUGCACUCACACCAACAGCGCUUCAAGAAAGCAAGCCUCAUUUGCCGUACAUUGAUUUUCUCCCGUUUCCCCAAUUCAGAGACAAUCUCCUUCGUGCUGGCGAUAUCGUUCAGCCCAUAGAAAUUUGGAAUGAUAUGAUAUCUGGAAAACUGAGGGUGUGGGGAAAGACUCCCUGGGAUCGUAGGGGCUGGGAGAUGCAGGAGGAAUUUGUUAACAGAUGGUGGUGGGUAAUUGCGGACGACAUUUUGGAAGAGACCAAUUUUUGGAGAGUAUCUAGAGGCGAAGCACCUCUUUUA